CGAGCUCCUGGACAUUAAAGUGGAAGGCUUAGGCCCGAGGGAGCGGGUGAGCCUGCGGGCGUCGGCCGUCAGCUACCGAGGCCGCCUCUUCCAUUCGCUGGCGCCCUACGAGGCGGACGGCCGCGGGGGCUUGGCCCUGGCCGGGGCCCCGGCUGUGGGCGGCGACUUCACGGGCGUGGAGCCCAUGGGGCUCCUGUGGAGCCUGACGGCGGUCGGCUCCGAGGAUCCCUGCUUCAACCAGGUGCCGAGGGGCGUGAUGAAAAGCCCGCUCAAAGUGGAGGUGACCGUCCACCGCGCGCCGCGGCAGCCGGCGGUGUCGCUGGGCCCGGCGCUGGCCUCCGCUCAGGUGCAGCGCUGGUUCUCCAGGCCCGAGCUGCGCGGUGCUCGGCUGCAGGCCGGCCGCCUGCGGGGCGUCUUCUUGCUGCCCCCAGCUGCGUGAGAUUUAUCUGGGACUUUUUUUGGAAUAACACAGAAGAAUAUAUGUGAAAAAUACUAGGAGGGAAUUGGCUGAGACAUUCUUCUCUUGGAAUGGUGCAUGAAUAACGUAAUCUACUAUAGGGAUGUUGAAAGAGAAAUGACAUCGACAUCAGAAGGAAAUAGUUUGACACUUUCUUUCCACUGUGAGGGAGCAAGAAUUUACUGUCCCCUUUCUAGCUGGAUUAAGAAUCAAAUUGACGUGAGACAGAUUAACAGAAGAAAAUGAAACUUAGUUUUUUAUAUACGGGGAAUCCACACAGACGUGGAAAUUCCAAAGACAGUCAGGCAAAACGACGUAUAUAUGUCAUCCUGAACUAAGGAGAAAAGGUUUGGGGUCUAGGACUUUGAAGGGAAGGGGUGCAGCUCGCAGGGCAAUAAGAAGACCAGAUGUUUGGCAAUUAGAUUUUU